CGCUUCUGCCCCGUCUACAAUGGUUACGAGUACAAUCCUCAGUACUACUACAACUCAGCAAACAGCAACUACAGCUGAAAGUGCCACUAUUCCCAUUUCCAGAACUACGUCUCCAUCUUCAACUACUGAGGAACUAACGACAACUCCUAGUCCAAGCAUCACUCCUAAAACACUAUUGAGUACAGCAGCAACCAGUAGUACUCUACCCACAGGUACAAGCACUACUCAAGCAACAACUUCAGCUCCAGUUAGCAGUUUCAGCAGUUCUGCAAGUGUGCCGCUAACGUCGUCCAUUACUGAACCGGAAACAGAAAGCGCCACUACCGAAGUAAUAAUGACCACAGCUCCAACGACCACUUCUGCCCCAUCCACAACAUUGUCAAGUACAAUCCUUAGAACUUCUACAAUUCAUCAAACAGCAUCUCCAACUCAAAAUACCACUAUUACCCUACCCACAACAUCUUUAUCUUCCACUACUAUGCAAGCAAUAACAAGCACAGCUUCUACUACUGCCCACCCAACACAUACAGUUCCAACAUUCAGUACCCUCCUAACAGCAAAAGGCACAUCUGCUGAACCACCAACUGGACCAAUCACUACUGUUCCACCCACCGCUACAACCACCACUCAACCAAGAACUUUGACUCAAAAUCCCUCUACUACCUUACACCCAAAAACCAUUACCAACACGAUCAUAGCAACCUCUUCUAUUUCUACAGUUACUACAAGAACUACUAAUGUUUUACCAGUUUCUAUAAGAAAUUCUACUGUUUCUUCAGGUACUAGAACUACUGCUACGUCUCCAGUUACUAGAAGUACUGCUACUUCUCCAGUUAGUAUAAGAAAUAGUACUACUUCUCCAGUUCCUACCUCUCCAACUAUUUCUACAGUUACUACAAGAACUACUACUAGUAGUCCAGUUACUAGAACUACUACUAGUUCUCCAGUUACUAUAAGAAAUACUACUGUUUCUCUACUUACUAGAACUACUACAACAUCUCCAUUUACUAGAACUACUGCUACCGCUCCAGUUACUAGAAGACAUACUACUUCUUCUCCAGAGUCUAGAACUACUCCUAGUUCUCUAGUUACUACAAGAACUACUACUGCUUCUCCAGUUACUAGAAAAUCUACUGCUACUUCUCCAGUUACUAGAACUACAACUGCUUCUCCAGUUACAAGAAGAUCUACUACUACUCCAGUUACUAGAACUACUAUUACUUCUACAGUUACUAGAUCAACUACUACACCAGUUACUAGAACUACUAUUACUUCUCCAGUUACUAGCAGAACUACUACUAUCACUAGUACUACUACCACUAUUAAAAGACCUACAACAUCUUCUACUACUACUACCACUACUAGAAGACCAACGACUACUACAACUACAACAACUACCCCCACAUUACCUAAUGCUCCUCCACAUGGAGUGGAAGGGUUCCUGUUCCUGACCUUCAGAAUAAUUCGUGAUUUUACUCCAGAAUUGAAUGACCAGAAUUCUGUGGCGUUUAAGGCACUGGCAUACAAUGUUUCCUUUGAGCUGGAUCGUGGGUUCAAGAGAAUAUACCCCUUGAUCUACCUAAGGUGCUUUAUCAUCAGUUUCUGGUUUGGUUCAGUAGGAGUAUCAUCCCAGCUGGUCUUCACAAAUCAGACAGUUGUUCCUAAUAUAACUAAUGUGGUGAACUCACUAAAGGAAGCCGUCAACAGCUCAGAAGUCUUCCUGAACAUCAUACCCAGCAGCAUCGCAGCACAAAUGCCAACCACCACAACUACCACCACCAUGCCCACCACCAUACCCACCACGAAGUCAGCAGCCAGCAGCAUCAUGGCAGUGAAGGGACCAAGUAAAAUAGCUGCUCUCAUCCCUAUAACAGUGGUUUACUUCCUUUUAAGAGAACUCUGGUCUUUAUAAUUACAAUGAAAUAAAAUGUCAUUAACAUGAAAAGAAAAUGCACAGUAUAGUACACUGAACAAAUAUAUAUAUAUAUAAUGUACCAUUUGUCCAACCUUGUGAUUGGGUGCUCCUGAAGCCUGGGCUCCUUUAACAAUGAUUUCAGAAAGAUUAAAAAGCACUUUAUACCUUGUGUUACUUUUACUUUAAUUUAGCAACAUGAUUAUUUAAAUUGUCAUAUUAAAUGAACAUUAGGAUUCAAGAAAAACUGUAAUAGAUGUAACGGGACUUUUAAAAUAUUGUAAGAGAUUAAUUAUAUAUGUGAUUGUGUUCUGCAUAUUUAUUUCAGUUAAUUGUAACAUGUUAAAUAAAUUAUAUAUUCAUAAAUUAAA